CUGGUCUGAGAGCGGUGUCAUGUGACAGUGUUUCCGCUAGCCGCAGCCCGGAGCAGAAAAGAGGGGAGAAAAUCUGAACUUUCCGCUAUUUUUCUCUCUCAAACGGCGCAGUCCGCGUUUUUACGGCCCUAAAGGAGAAGCUGGAGACAGACUGAGUCCAUGGGGUGCUGUUACAGCAGCGAGACGGAGGCCACCGAGCAGGAUCGAUCAGAGCGUAAGCCGCUGAUUCCGCAUCCAAACCCGGACAGUAAACCCCCCAAUGGGACGGAGCGGAGCCCACCGGGACUGUCGUCCACACGCACCGAUGAGCAGGCCCUUCUCACCUCCAUCCUCAACAAGACCGCAAUGAGCAUUAUUGAUGUAUCAGCUGCAGACUCCCAGGGCAUGGAGCAGCAUGAAUACAUGGACAAAGCCAGACAGUACAGCACUAAGCUGGCUGUGUUGAGCAGUACUCUGUGUCAGAAGAAGCCGGCUCCUCUGCCCUCUCUCACCAGCCAGCCUCACCAAGUGCUCGCCAGUGACCUGGUGCCAUACUCAGACGUCCAGCAGGUGUCUAAGAUAGCAGCAUAUGCAUACAGUGCCAUCUCCCAAAUAAAGGUGGACGCCAAAGAGGAGCUCGUAGUGCAGUUUGCUAUUCCAUGAUAGGGUUUCAUCUCGACCCCUCAGCCCUCCACCCCCACCCAUGUCUCUCUUCCUCUUUUCUUCCCUUUGUGCUCGUUCUUCAGCUAACUUAGCCAGCGGGGGAUGAGCCUGCCCCUCUGCUGCCCCUCAUCCAAUCAGACGCAUUGUUUCUCCAGAGGCUCCUGUGGGACAUCCUGCUUUGUGCGUGCGCUCUGAUAGUGAGUUCACCCUCGUCCGGACUGGUGACGAAUGCAUGCUGAGCAGCUCUUCAGGCCUCUUUCCACUUUCUCAACAGGAUCUUAAUAAACUCACCAUGCUCGGUUCCGUCUGUGAUGGUUCCGCCUGCGAUGGUCCUUCUGUAGCGGUGUGUUCAGGUUUGCAGCCAGACUGAUCAAAUCUAGACUCUAAAUCUGAUCACCUUUAUAGUUUCCACACGAUUCCCCCUCUCCAGGCUCCGCCCACUGAUGCACAGCUGGUGUUGUGAGGUUGGAUAAACUUUACGGAGAAAAUCCCACUCGGCCCAAUGAGAAACUGUAGCUCAGCUUUUGUUCAUUUUGUUUUGCUUUGUUUUGUCUUUGUUGUUGUAGAUAAUCAAGCAUAGAAACAACAAACGUUGGCGCAGUUACAAAAUAAAAGCUCCAGGUGUGUCCAAACAGAAUGACCUUUUAUAUACACACAAACUAAACGUCAUUAGAAAUUAAAGGGCCCGUAUCCUACAUUUCUCGUUUUUUUUUGUUUUUUUUUUACCCCCCUGAACUCCACUUACUACAUAAACGGUCAUGUGCAGUCAACACCAAAAACAGUCAUCAUUCAUUUCUGAACAAUAAUUUUCUUUAUCCAGUUUAAUUAAACAGGCUGUUUCUGUUACUGUGCCUUUUAAGACCGAUAUAUGUAAAUAGACUCUUCUGAUUGGCUGCCCUGUAUCCUAUUCAAAAAGCAGCCCAGUCUAUAAUGUCUGAGUGAAUGGGCGGAGCUAAUCUGCUGCAGGCUGAAUAGGUGUAUAUACGCAACUAUGACAUCACAAAAGCAGUGAAUUCCAAACAGGCUAUUUCAUACAUUCACUGUAUAGAUUGACAUUGACAUGUUUGUGGGCGGAGCCUGAAGGGGGUGGUUAGUUUUUAAAUUCUAAGCUGCUGUGUAGGUUUGCUUAUGAAAGUGAAGUAUUGAUUGCUGCAUGUUUGAAUGCUCUCAUAAUUAAUAAAUAAAGGUUCUGAAGUUAGGAUUGUACGUUUAAGUUCUGUUUAAAGGCAGUUGUAACACUAAACGGUAGUUAGUGGCGCUCGUUCUGUUUGGAAGUUCUUUCUAAAUUUUGAUUGUUUACAUUUACGGAAAAACAUUAGCACAGGUUUAUCCUCAAACAUACACACAGGUUUGUUUAUUCUCACGUGUAGGCCCUUUAAAUAGUGCGACUGUCCUUGUCAUGAUGAAACUUUAAAGUAUGUUAAUGUGCUGAGAUUUUAAGUCAUUUUGCAGCAAUUCUGUUGGUCCAUUCAUCAUUCAUUGUUCACAGCUGGAUCAGCAGUGUGGAAACAAAAAUUACAAAAUAAAAGAUUUUUAUUAUUGUUUUUAAUUAUGAGUUUAUGAGGCCAUGGAGGUGAUUAUGUGCCUGGCUGUGGAAUGUUCUAGAUUUGUGCAGUCUGGCUGGAGAUGCAGAAAUGGUGGGCGGAGUCUCAGCCUACAUUAGAACAUUGGCUCCUCCCUCUGUCCACUAAUUCCAUUGUUAUCAUAAUAAAGAAAGCUGAGGUGG